CAUUACAUUUCAUUUGAGCACAAAAAUGGACGCAGGGCACCCGGGAGAAGAAAUAGAAGAACUGGUACUUUUCUCGGGUUAAUUUUUACUCGGACUCAAGCUCGUGUUCGACGGCUACACAUCGAAGUAGGCUAGUUUAUCUUUUUCUCUAUUGCCAGAUUUACCCUUAACUUCCUGUCGGGGGAGAAGUUUUGCUAACAGCGGCUGUGACUUUGGAUCAUGGAGCAAACCAGCUUCGGCUGUCAGGUCUGCCUCACCAAAUACAGCAAGGUGCGUGAUUUGAAGAGUCAUGUGCACUCAAGCCUACAUCAACAGAAAAUGGCAGAAGUCUUCCAGAAAGACAUGUUCGAGGGUCAGGGCUUCUUUCCUUACCUUAUUAUGAUCCAUCCACGUGCCAGGCGUGACAUCAAACAACCCAUCCUAGGCUUGUCGCUGAUGACUCUGUGUUUCAGUCCGGAGACAGACCAGUCUUUUUACCUGUGCCAUGUCUGUGAGGAAAAGAGGCCACCAGACAAGAUUAUACACCACCUCUCUUCUAUUGACCAUUUCAGAAACUACUUUAACUACACAAACCCCAACGUGCUGAAUUUCGGCUGGAUACCCAGCAUGGAUUCAAGAAUCUUUCUAAGGUCUGAGGUCAUAAAGGAAGUGAAAGAAAGGGGUCAAGGACAACUACAGUUGUUGGAUUUACCCAAAGAUCUGUUGAAUAGGCUUGAAAGAAGUACCUACGCUGAAGUGAUGUGCAGUCUUGGUGAAAAUGACAAGCUUCUCAAGCUGCUUAAAGUUACCAAGCCAAAGAGGACAAUGAUACAAACCUACCAAAGAGACAGCAACAGGAAGCAUCCACUUCUUGGCAUGCAGCACCUUGUUGAAUGCAUUUGUGUUGGGCCGACGGAGAAGAGAUACUACCUCUGCACGCUGUGCAACCUACCUUUGGCUGACCACACGAUCAUCAAACAUGUCCUGAGCUUUGACCACAUCUUUUGUUACUUUAGAGCGUGGCAUCCAUCUACUUUGCUGGCAAAGGAAUCCUACAUGGAUUACAACAAGUUUGCCCCCAUGUUGCUCAAUUUUGCAAAGCAGACGGAGGAAAUUCACAAUACUUCAAAUACUGAUAUGAAGCAAGUGAGCCUGGAGCCUGCCAAAUUCACAUCGGUGAAUUUCGCUUGUUAUGCAGAAGCAUUCAAGGCCCUGGAAUCCAUCAGGAUGGAAAACAAUGAGAGUGGCUUGAUUACAAGCGUCAAACCAGGGAACAAGCUGGUGCAUCAUGCUGCUUCUGUACCGUCAGGAGCAUUUUCGUACAAACUACGCUGUCAGAAUUGCAGUGUGAGCUUUGACCAUAAAGGUCAUUAUUCCUCACAUUUGUCAGAGUCGAGACACAAAGAGAUGUUAACUAAACUCUUUGGCGGUGCUGAUGGGUAUUGCCAAGAAUUGAAACUCAAUCUGGGUUUAUACCUUGAGUACCUCAAAGUGCGCUUGGGGAAAAAUCAACCAGUUACGGGUGUGCCCCUGGUUGUGAUGUGUAUCAGCACUCGGUUUCAGGAGGAACCUUUUUAUGUGUGCUUUGCUUGUGAAGAGUGUUUCCCCCAGUCCUUUCUCAUGCAACACUUUGACUCCCCAAAACAUGUUAUACACACUUUGCUGUACCAAAACCCCUGGCGGCUGCCUUUGGCGUGGAAGAACCAUCUGGAUGUGGAAGUCUUGAGGUCGAUGGCAUGGGAAGAGGAAAAAGAAAAAGGACAAAAUCAGAUGACGCUGAAGGUAUUUGAUAUCCCACACAGGGUGUUUCAGAGCCUCAACCGACUGAGUUACUCAAAAGUGAUGGAGAGACUUAAUGUACACCGCGAUCACUUAAAGAGUGCAGUUCCACAACGUGAAACUUACAGCAAACUCCAACAAAACGAAAGAUUUCCUCUGCUUGGUUUUCAGUUCCUGGUCAUGCACGAUGUGUGUGUCAAACGGGACCAGCUAACAGAAGUGGGAUUCCUGUGUUUGCUCUGUGAGAGGCGGUUGUCAGACGAUGAAUGCUACGCUCAUGUGUUCAGUUGGGAGCAUGUUGCAACAUUUCUGGACCGUUUUCACCCAGGCUCCCAGAAUUCAAGCACAGAUGUAGAGACCUUAUUGGACUUGGCAAAACAGGCAACGCGUUUUCACCCCAUUUCACAUGCACAGGUAAUAAAGUUGAACAAGCCCAUUUGGGAGCCCUGCUCGUAUUCUAAAGCAACACAGAUCCUGCAAAGUGCAGCUAAGAGAGAAAAGAUAUGCCUUAUACCCCAAAUAAUGCCUAAAAAGAAGCUGUUCCCCAGACAAACCCUGAAAUAUGUUGAUAAGGACGGUCAGAAGAACAGCAGGUUGAUGGAGGGGGGUGACCAAACUAGUCAAAAUUCUACAGACAAUGCUGAGAUGACCCUGAACAAUAUUUCAGUCGAGGUUUGUGCUGAAGUCACCAAUACACUCAGUGUGGAAACUCCUUCACCAAGUGAAAAGGAAUCAGAGAAGAGAAGAGAGGUGUUUUCCAAAACUAGUUCAGAGGAGAUAAAGAGUGCAGGAAGUGAAACAUGCCAGGCGAUAAAUGAGAAAAUAGAAGACCUAACAAAGAAGAUGGAAGACCAUAGAGUGAGAAAAACAAGUGGGCAGACACUAGAAAGCUGCAAGGACACAGACAAGAAUUCAAGGGCAGAUGGCAAAGAUGUCCUGACGCAGUUGACCCAGAAAAGGAAAAUCUCACAGGACACCUGUUCUGUUGAGACUGCCAAGCAAGAAAUGAGCCAUAAAAGGCAGCGGCUCAUCUCCAAAGAAGACUCAUUCUGUGAACAAAACUUGCCAAGCAACGAACACAAGGAGGUAACCACCGCAGACACGAGAGAAAGUGGCAAAUCAAGUUAUGAAACUACAAAGGACAAAGCAUCUUCUAACGUGAACCAUCAACAAGAUCAAUUGUGGCAGUAUGUCAAGAAGAAGAGCCGAGAACCUGUGGUUGGCUUAAGUGCACUUCUUGAAUGCCAUUGCGAUGAGCGGGACCCCAUCUACUUUUGUGAGUGCUGCUCUCUGAAGAUCCCAGAGAAGGACAUCAUCACCCAUAUUACCGGACACCACCACCAGAAGAUCUACCUUGGGGGGUUACAGAGACUUCCACCCGCACCAUCGGUUAACCCGAGGGAGGAGAUCAGACGUUUGGCGGCUUCAUUUGAACAAGAAAAUGGAUAUGGAGAAGCUCAGGUUGUUGAUCUGAAUGAGGACAUUUACAAUAACAUCUCUAAGCAAAGCUUUGAAUCAGCCAUACAGACAGUGAAGGGACUUUGGGAUCAGCAGCACAUUGGGCAUGAACUUCCUGUGGACACCUCAGCCACCCUUGAUGCUGAAAAUAAGCUCUGUCAGAUGGUGAUUGCUGAGGUCCCCCUGACUGUUUCAAGAAGUAGUGAGGUCAAAACCGAAUUAACAGCCGUUGGACCAUUACAAAAAUCAACCAAUUCUAAAUUGAGGGGGUCAUCUCAAACUGAAGCAAAUCUGGAUUCUGCUGUAACUAACUCCACCAUUUCAGCCGUCUCCAAGCUUCCAGUCAAAUCUUCCAGCUCUAUUCCAGACACCACCGAAUCGACAGCACCCAUCUCCAAUCUCUCAGUCGCCACCUACAGCUGUACUACAGCCACCACAAAAUUGAGACCAACUGCCAAUGAAUGUACAGCAACCACAUCUAAAUGUACAGCAUCCUCGUCCACUCCUAGUGCCACCAUCUCAAGCACCACCUCAAUCACAAAAUCUGCAACAUUGUCUAAACCACCGGAAAGAACUGGGGCUGCAGCCAAAGUUCCAGUGACUUCAUGUAAAGCUGCCACUGCUUCUAACCCGGAAUCCACAGUAUUGCCUGAAGCUGCCUGCAAAACUACACCUGUCUCUAAAAUGGAAAAUGUCUCGAAAAAAUCUGAAAAUGCACCCGUAACGGUGGUUGCAUCUCAAAUUAUGAUGAAAUCUGUAGCCCCUAGUAGAAUAACUAAACCACCAGUUAAAUGUGAAAACACUCCAGCCUCUGUCAAGGCUGCACAAAGGAGGAAUUCUGUGGGAUCAACUGUUGAUGAUGCAUCAAAGAUUCAUAAGAGUAAGACACCUGCCGCUCCCUACCUGAAGUCUAGGUGUGAAAAUAAGAAUCCACUACAUACCUCCACAAGUAAGACAAAGCCAAAGGACACCUCUUCUAGAGUUGGCUUAGACCAGCUGAUCGUAGUGAGAUGUGGAGAAAGGAAGCGGGUCUACUGUCAGCUGUGUUUAGUUGUGUUGACAAGUUCCAGUCACCCAAUGGAAUUCACCCACCAGUUUAACUAUGUGAAAAAGCAGCACCCUGGGUGGAAUGCCCAGAAUGACAAGUCGGCGGAGCUGCGGAGCAAAUUGGCCGAGAUCGUGAGCCACUUGGCUGAGAUUGAGAAAAAUGUAGGAUCCCCAUCCAGUAAGGAAGUGGAGGUGAAGCUUGAAGAGUACAAAAAGCUGGCGGAUCUUCCAGUUGUCGAAGCUAUUGAAAGGCUGAAAGAAAAAUUGGAGCCGCAAGAUCCGCAGGUCUUAUCACCCCCCACAGCCGGUACUGCACAGGUUUGGAAAAGGCAAAUCCCUUCUGCCAGUCCAUAUGGAGCUUCAAGCCCAGAUGAGGAGAUGUACAUGCAACAGGACAAAAAAGGUUCUGGUAACCAAUCAGAGCAGGAGAAAAAACAUGAGCUCAAAGCACUAUUGAUCCAGAAUCCAGAAAUUGAAUCCAGUUCAAAAGAGGAAGGAACUCUUGCUGUGGGUCAGUCCGACAGAGCUCAGAGCGUGAAGAGCUCAGAGCCAGAAGCGAAUGACACUCUUUCAGACCAGCUUCAUUCGUGGCCGAACUUGAAUAAAAAUGAGCCCAAUCCAAGCAUUCAAGACUCUGGCAUUGCAGCAGUACAAAUGCAGAAGCCUCUGGGUGCCGCUGACUCCACGGGCGGGUUUGACCAAACCUGUGAUCCCGAGAUGAGACAGCAGCAGGAGAGAAGGGAUCCAAAGUUACAGGACACACAGGUGGUGCUGGAAGGCAGCGAGAAAGCAGACCGUGUAUCAAAUCACUCACAAGGGGAAAGUGCACAGUGCUGCAGUAAUUUGUCUAAAUACUUGAAGGUGUUGAAAUAUGGCCCAAUCAUAGGUCUGGGAUCCAUGUGGGAGUGUCGAGGGAUAAUGCAGAAUUCGUUCUACCUUUGUGAGCGCUGCAGGGAGACGCUCUCCAUCAGCGACAUCUGUCGACACAUGCUCAGUGAUGAGCACAAGCGCAAAUGCAUAAUCCAUGUGUUUCAGCAGAGGAGCUAUCCUUUGGAUCUGCACUUCUGGCUGAAGGACGAUCUGCUCCAAUGGAUGGAGCAGGAACUUGUACAGGAAGUAGCCCAGAUGCUCUCAAAACAGGAGCAUCAUAACAAGACAGAUGCACAGGUUAUAAUCAUGAGAAAGGAUGUGUACGAGUAUGUCCGGAAAGCUCCGUUCGAUGAAGCUUUAAGAGUGGUGCAAAACAUCACCAACGGCCUACCCAUCUGUACUCCACUUAAAGACCAGCAGCCUGAGGCCCGGCAGAGUCCAGAAGAAUCUUUUCCCAUGAAGAUGCAGCCAGCACAGGCACCUGAGAUGGGCCACGGUGGCACAGGAGCAAGUCAAAAAACUGAGAAACAUAAUUUGGAAGAACCAGUUGCAGCUUUGGAUGAGGUCAAACAAAGCACGGUCUUGAGUCGUCGGGAUAUGACCGGUGUCUCCUCAAAGCCUGCUACUGUUGUCUCUCAUUUCCCUGGGGCUAGAGCAUGUCUCAGUCCCCGAGAGGAACCAGAACCCAGAUGCCCAGUCUCACAGCACCAGAGGCCUUUCCCAGAGUUAGAGGUGAAAAAGGCAGGGGGGCACUCAGAACCCCCACCUUUCUCUAUUGUUAGUCCUAAAACCCAGUCAGUGUCUCCUAGAGACAAAUAUCUUCUAACAGGUAAAAGUGGAAAAAGAAAACAAAAGAAGAAAAAAAGGAAUAGACCAGCGGUUGGAUUCGUAGAAGCACUUACCAGAACUUUCACCAGUAAUCCCAAACUCGAGGAUCCUCUCAGUCAGCCAAACUCCCAAGUAGCUUCUGAGUCCACUUCUGUUAACCCUCCUGCAACUUCCACCCUUCUGUCUCCUAAGGACAAAGCCACAGGACCUGGAUUUGAUAAACCGAUUGUGGACAUGACAGCCUUUACACAGCUAAUUGCUCUGGUGAGAGAGAAAAAGUCGGAGAAAAAUCUGUCCUCUUGCACGUCCAUUCCAGGUUACAGGGAGACUACGAACUCCUGCGUUAACAAUUCAUCUGAAAAUGGUAUGAAAAGAAGAUGGGAUCCAAAAUCUUUGCAGACUACAGCUAAAAUGGGCAAAAUAACAACAGGGGAUUUAAAGAGCCAUCCAUCCUGUGCUAACUCAGCAGAGAGGGUUUCAACAGCAGCUCCAGUGAUCUUGGGCGGCGAGAACCAACCCUUCAGCCCUAAUGCCGACUUUGUUUGCUUGGCCAAGAACUCAUCUCUUGAGGGCUCCGUUUUAACAAAUGGCAACCUUUUGCUCGGAGCGACAGAAGCCAAUGCAGUCAUUACCGGGUUUCCUUCUGCCAGCACUGCUGACCCCAGUGGCCCACAACGCCAGAGGAGCGUCGAUGCUCAGAGCACCUCUGGAAACAAGAGCCAGUUAAACCCUAGUUCCAUCAACUGUGAAGUCACUCACGCUGACCCAGGAACGAGACCACAAGCAAGAGGUUACACAGAGACUGACAACACUGGGGUCCGUCAGUUGCCCAUUAACACAAUUGUAACGGUCAGGCACACCCCCCAUCAGCAGCAGUUUAUGGUUGGCUAUAAAGGACUGGAGGACCACACUGAGGUGAACAGGGUCAAUCGGGUCACUCGCAUCAUCUCCCCAGUUGGACCAGUAAACCUCAGUGAUGCUUCAGUAGGAUAUGGUCAGUGCAGCCAGAUGGCCUAUGUCAUAAAUGGACAGUCAGGUUAUUUUUCUUCUGAGGCUGUUAGAAGUUACACAACACCCAACAACCCUCCGGUAUACAGUGGGAGUUCCUACCAAUGUGAGGGGCGCUCUACAAGGGAGUUCUAUCCAAGCCGGAUUUACCCAGAGCAGGAAGCAAACCACUUCAGGAUGCAAUCAAUUGGACGCGGGUUAGCAGCUCCACCGGUCCCAGAAAGGGUAAGGCUGAGCAUGCAGCAGUAUUCCUCAUGGACAUGUGCAUCCCUGGCUGCUGGAGAUGGCAGAGGGACCAAUGAUGCUGCCUAUGUAGGCGCUGUUCCAUUCCCAAAUCCAGUCAACAAUCCAGAAAUAUCGAGUUACCUGAAUGAAUAUAGCACCAGCAGUAUUGCUCCAACUCGGUACAGCAACCACAUAGCACCGAACAACACGCCUCACUUUUACCUUAACCCUCCAGUCAUUAACAAUCCUGCUACAGCCAAUGUUGAGCUCAGUUCUCAGGCAUCUACAAACUCCUUUUUUGCUUCUGGCACAGAGUUUUUAGUUGGAGCUCCCUCUGUGGUCCAUGUCACUCGUCCGUGAAACUAACAGUAACCCCAUGUGAACAAUCAAACCCAAGCUAU